AUGCCCCGGAAGAACAAGCGGGAGCUGGGAAGAUGGCGGCGGCGGCGGGGGGCCCGGCGGGCGGCCCGGUGUGUGUGCUGGUGCUGGGCAUGGCCGGCUCCGGGAAAACCACCUUCGUGCAGUGCCUCGCCGCCCACCUGCACGGGCAGCGCUGCCCCCCCUACGUGAUCAACCUGGACCCCGCCGUGCACGACCUGCCCUUCCCCGCCAACAUCGAUAUCAGGGACACUGUGAAGUACAAAGAAGUCAUGAAACAAUAUGGGCUAGGCCCAAAUGGUGGAAUAGUGACCUCUCUCAAUCUCUUUGCUACAAGAUUUGACCAGGUGAUGAAGUUUAUUGAAAAAAGACAAAAUGCCUCGAGGUAUGUUAUUCUUGACACACCAGGGCAAAUUGAGGUAUUCACCUGGUCAGCAUCAGGAACCAUCAUAACUGAGGCCUUGGCUUCCUCUUUUCCUUCAGUUGUUGUAUAUGUGAUGGACACUUCUCGCAGUACUAACCCUAUCACUUUUAUGUCCAACAUGCUGUAUGCCUGCAGUAUCCUGUACAAGACAAAGCUACCUUUCAUUGUAGUCAUGAACAAAACUGACAUAAUUGACCACAGUUUUGCAGUGGAAUGGAUGCAGGACUUCGAGACUUUUCAAGAUGCCCUGAAUCAAGAGACUUCCUAUGUCAGUAACCUGACUCGUUCUAUGAGUUUAGUGUUGGAUGAAUUUUACAGUUCACUGAAGGUGGUUGGUGUUUCUGCAGUGCUUGGCACAGGACUGGAUGAGUUUUUUACCCAGCUUUCUAAAGCUGUAGAUGAAUAUGAGAGAGAGUAUCGGCCAGAAUACGAGCGCCUGAGAAAAACACUGAAUCCACAGGUAAAUCUUUGUCUACGGGAGAAAGCUCAAAAUAAACAAAAGAGAGAGCAGCUGGAACACUUGUGGAAGGACAUGGGCAGCGUGUGUGUGCAGGGCAGCACAGUGGCAGGACCUGAUGCUUCUGCAAUGGGUCCCUCUGAGCUAAUACUAACACGAGGAACUCUCGAUGAAGAGCAAGAAGAGAGGGAGAGUGACACUGAUGACAUUGACCAUGAAGUGACUGAGAAGAGCCAUGAAGAACCAGCCUUCAGAAACUUUAUGCAGGACAUGCGGAUGAAAUGCCAGAGGAGAAGCAACCCGAAUGAAUGAGACCUUCAGAAACAGAAGGUUUGGAAUCACUUGUAAUGGAGUUAAAACUGAAGGAACGGCAUAAAGAAACUUGUAUGGAACCAUUUUUAUCUGUGAACCACUUUUAUCUGUGAACAACUUCCUCUGAUAGAUUUUUCUUUUUCUUUCUGCAGUAACUGUUGGUCCGAUGAGUUAAAGGUCUUGCAGCCAACUGACUGCACAUUUGGCCAUCAGCCACUGUGGCUUCCUAAAGCUGAAGGAACCAGAAAGCAGUUUCUUUUCCUGCAAAUUCUUCAGAUCUCUCUGUUGAGAGCUUAAAUUUUGAUCUCUGACAGCAUUAGCAUCCAGAGUACUCACUGGUCUCCAGAGGCACCUUCCAGUUGCUGAGAGCAGUCAGGCAUCUGCUGCAGCCAGGGCACAACUUGAUCGAUCCACUGUUUGAUGUUUUGGUUAUCAUUAAAUAGAUUUUACGUACUAA